AUGCGUCUGGGUGCGGGCAUCGUGGCAGGGCUCGUGCCGGCCCUGGCGCUGGCCUCGAAGUCACGGCUGAAGGCCGCGGUGCAUCCUGAGAUGGACACGACGGACCUGGCUCGGCUGGAGUCGAACGGGUCGGCGUCGCUGUUCUACGUGAAGAAUGGAAAGCUGAGCGAAGGAACGCAGCUUGCCGCCCACCUGGAGGCCGAGUUCCACCACCACACGGUGAUUCUGGACCAUUCAGCGGCCAUCGCAAACGUGUCGUGCUAUACAAACCACAUGAUGGUGACUUUCACGGGUCAGAAGGCGUUUGAUCGGGCGCAGUCGAACUGGACGCGCGAUGACGAGCUGAUUCUGGUCAGUUCGCAGUCGGGGUGCCACCCGCUUCACGAGGGUCAGUACGGGUAUUUCAAUGCGACUUCGAUCAGCUUCACGUCGAAAAACCUCACUGCCAUUGCGACCGGUAGCCAGUCGUCGGUUCGUGACGCGGUCAAUGUCUACAAUCUCUCGUGGGGGAACUACACCUCCAGUUCCAAUACCACUUCCUCGACGGCCUCAGCAGCGUCCACGUCCGCGUCCGCCUCUGCGGCCGCUGUGAAGCGUGCCACGACGUGUGGCGCGCUGCCCGCGACAAUCCCCUCCAAUCUGCCUCAGUUGAUCAAGUCGCUGGGUUGUGGCACGGGAUUUGACGCGGCCAUGGACGACUAUUUGACUUACAUCGGCGAUGACUCCAAUCUGGACGCCGCUCUCGCUGCCUUCGCGCCCGGGGUCUCUGGUCUGACCGUGGAGGCCUAUGAGGCUGCCACCGGUACCACUCUGCGGAAACGUGGCUGGUUUAGCGAUGUCUGUGAUUGGGUUGAUGACAACAUUGUCGAGCCUGUGGUGGACGCCGUCGUGGAUGUCGUCGAAACCGUGGUUGAGGUCGUCGAGGUGCUCUCCGAGGCCGCCGAGGAGGCUGUCGAGGCGAUCAAGGAGGCUGCCGAGGCCAUUCUCCCCAGCUGGAGUCCCUCGGUCUCCUUCACUAUUCCGGUGGACAUGUCCGCCCCCAGUGCCAUGCUGGAUGACUCCCCUUGGGGUGACGCCUACCAGAUCUGGUCAUUCGAAGAUGGCGAGAGUGAUGUCAACUACGGCAUCAACGCCGAAACUCUGGCCAAGUUGACAGGUGCCGAUGAGCUUAUCGUCUUUGACAUCGAUGGCGUCACCCAGAUGCCCAAUCCUGGCGUCCAGCUGUACUGUGUCGACUGCUAUGUCACCGGCUCCUUCACCGUCACGGGUUCCGUCACCUACACCCUGCUGGUGGGCUUCACCGAGAUGUCGCUCGACCUUGCGGGUAGCCUGAAGGCCAGCAUCCAGCUCGGUCUCAAUGCUUACGCCGAGUACGAGGACGAUAUCGCCUCGGUGCGCCUGUUGACCAUCCCCAUCGACGGCUUCGACAUCCCGGAGAUCAUCGAUGUGGGCCCGGCCAUCACUCUCGACGUCGAUGCCACCGUGGAGAUCGACGCCCUGGGUCAGGUUCUGGCGGGUGCCAUCCUCGAAUGGUCCAACAUGGGCGCCCAUUUGGACGUCUAUGACAUCCUUGACACUACUGGCCAUGGUUUUGCCCCGCAGGUCACCCCCGUCUUCAACGCCUCGGGCCAGCUGAACGCCACGGCGUCUGUCGGUAUCCCCGUCGGCUUCGGUAUCGAAAUUGACAUCCUCGAUGGCGAGUGGACGAAGGAGAUUGCCCUUGUUGACCGCCCAGCCCUGGAGCUGGUCGCCAUCUACACUGUCGACGUUGACACCUCGGGCGUCACCGUCGAUACCGACGGCUGUGACGGGAUCUACUGGUAUGUCAACUUUAUUAACGAGCUCAUGUUCGAGCUGCUUGACGAGGACCACGAAUACGAUAUUGGCACCUGGGAAGGACCCGCCUUCCUGUCUGGUUGCAUCGGCGACAACGGUCAGUCCUGGGUCUCGGAGUCUCAAGAGCCAACUGCAGACGACGAGACCCUCGCCGGCUGUACCCUCGUCAACGAUCUGAUCACCAAUAACGGUUUCGACACCAUCACCGACUCGGAAGUUCUGCCGUGGCGUAACACCCAGUCCUCUGGCACCUACAUGUACGUCGAGGAGGAUGAUUACACCAGCUCGGCGCCGUACUCCAUGCGCUUCUACGCCUCCGACAUGGAUGAUACCCAAACUUAUACUGGAACAGUCCUCCAGCAAGUUACCGCUUGCACUGACGCCCAAUACGAUGUGACCUUUACGGCGCGGGUGGUUGACUGCGGCACUGGCGUUUGCGAGCUGACCAGCAUCACCGUUUGGAGCGACACCAAUGCCGAGCUCGACGUUAGCGUGUACCCCAACUUGUACAUCGCUGCUGAGACAGGCACACAGCAGAUGAACACCUACGGGCCAUACGACUUUACCAUACCCUCCUUCAACAACGACGCCAGCGAGUCCGUCUACGUCGGUAUCACCUUUACCGCCCAGUACACCCAGUCGUGGGAUAUCCGUAUCGACGACGUGCAUGUCAAACCUGACGGUAGCGACUACAGCAACAAGAAGCGUGAUGAUGUGGCUGAGGAGGGAGAUGGCCGGUCCGGCACAUUGGUCCGUCGCCAUGUCGGCGAGCUGGACGUCAACCGCCGUGUCUAUGAGGGUAACACCCCUGUGGAGCGCAGCCACAUCAAGCGUGAUAGCAGCGUCGAUGCUAUCCCCGUCAUCGCUAGUGGAACCGCCAUUCCCGCCAUCGGAGUUGAGACGGCCGCACCGGCCAUUGGCGACUUCUACAGCACCGCCAUCCCGACUCUCACCGGCGCUGGCGCAGCUCCCGCGGUCACGGCCGACUACGCAGCGCCCAGCCUUGCGUACGUGAGCGAGGCUGUAACUGGCACUGUGGCGGCCACGGCGGACCCGACCGCCGUAGCGUCACUGAUCGGGCCCUGCAAUUACGACUUCCCCGCCAGCUCGGUGCUGAUGGCCUCGGCCACCGUGGGCAGCUAUCCAAUGCUGCCGACUUCGGGUGCCACCACCGACACCGACGGCUACACACAGCUGCCCGACCUCUCCGGGACCGUUCAGCUGGCCGCUGCUGACGACGGCAAUCUGUACCUCAGCCCGUAUCCGGGCACGGAGCCGGAAACCCUGUUCUUCAGCAAGGGCUCGGUCAUUCUCCAGGACACGAGCAGCCGCAGUUUCCAUUACUACCCAGACACCAUGGAUGCGUAUGGCGUAUCGCGCCUCCGUAUCGCCGACCUGGCCGACACCCCGCUCACCGCGCAGCUCAUCACCCUCGUGCCCUUCUCGACCUCAGCAGGCACAGCCUACGCUGCCCUCGACACGCUGGGCCAGGUCUUUGUGCUUUCCUGGUGUAAUGCUGCGGAUUGGUUGGGCGCCAAGGUCUUCCUGACUCGCGACUACUCCACCACCCUUGAAACCCUUGCCAGUGCUGACGUCCAGUGGAUCGUCACCGGUGACGAGGUGACCGAGUGCUAUCCUUUGCUUCUCACCAGCGACGCAGCUACAUUCUAA